CCAUUAGUAUGUGUUCCUUUGUGAGACCAAGUGGCCAGAACUUAUCCUCUGCUUACCUUAUUCUCUUUUCCUAAACAAUAAAACCUAAAAACUUGUCUGUCUGAAACCCUCUUUCCAUGGAUACUCUCUCAUCAUCGGUUUCAACCCUUAAAGUUCCUCCUUUCCCAUCUUCGCCAACCCUAACAAAUCGCGAUUUCUUUCCUUUCAAAGCAACCCCUUCACGACCACAGCAACCCCAUCAUGUUUUCUCCACUUCCACACCCACUUUUCUCCCCAAAACCAAAUCUUUCUCCCACAAAUCUUCCCCUUCGCUUCCUUUCUCUCUCUCACCCCUCAAGCCCAGACCGUCGUCUUCCAUAUGCAACUCAAAUCCCGCUACUGGGUAUGCAGCAGCUCUCGUGGACGUCGCCCAAAAUAGCCAUUCCCUUCACUCUGUACACAGGGAUGUUGAGAGGCUAUUGAAACUGCUGCAAAGUGUGAAGUUUGAGUCAGCCGCGGUUGAGGAGGGAAACUUUCACAGGCACGUGGUGGCGUUGCUGAAGAUGCUGCUGAAGAGGAACAGGGUGGGGAUUGUGAAGGAGGUGCUGCAAGAGUUCGAGAGGAUCUACGACGAGCUUUGUGGAACUCAAAUGGUGCUGGUUUCGUCGAAGAAUAAGAUGGGGAAAGAUGAGCUUUUUGGGAUUGCUGAAAGCGUGCACCAGUUGAGUGGGGCGGUGAGAGUGAAGGUCAGAAACUUGGUUCAGGAGAGUGUGCCCUCUUUUGCUGCUUGAAGUGAAAAUCUCAAAUUAUUCAUUUCAUCAAUCAAAUUUACAGUUGGUUUCAUGUAAGCAUGCAUCAAUCGAAUAAGAACACCUUAUCUUCCCCAGAAA